AGCUCCUUGGUGAUGUUAUAAACAUGUCAAAGUUCGAAUGAGGGAAGCAUGCUGGGAAGGAAACAUGGCGGACGAUUGUCGUGGGGAGGGCGCAAUUUUCGAAUUCCAGUCUUUUUCGUCUGAUUCUUUGAAUUUUAAACGCCCCAACAAUGACGCCACAUCUGUGUCUUAGCGCCACAAAACGAUCAAAGCCUUUUCGAUAGAUGAUUCGACCGUUAGACCCAUCAGUUCGAGCUCAGCUCCGUUCCGGGGUGUCGGUGCCUUCUGUAGCGCAGUGCGUGGAGGAAUUGGUUCUAAACAGUUUGGAUGCGGCAUCAACAUGUAUUGCUGUUCGGAUCGACCUGGAGAACUUUUGGAUACAGGUUGUUGACAAUGGGCACGGGAUCCCCAAAGACCAGCUGACUAUAGUUGGAGACAGAUAUGCUACCAGCAAGUGCCACACAGUCACUGAUCUAGAGAAUCUGAACUUCUUUGGGUUCAGGGGAGAAGCACUGGCCAGUAUAGCCCAGGUUUGUGCUGUAUUGGAGAUUGAGUCACGACAUAAGGUCAGCACCAAGGUCAACACCAAGGUUUUCCGCCAUGGCAAGGUUGUUAGUGUCUUUGAGUCCAAGAACCAUAGGCCCACCAAUGGGACAACUGUCACUGUUCACAAUGUGUUCCACAACCUUCCAGUCAGACAGAAGUUUGUCUCUGCAUCUUUGGAGUGGGAGCGAAUCAGAGAACGAGUGGCUGCCAUAGCCUUGAUCCAUCCUGGUGUGUCGUUUACACUGCGGAAUGAAAAUGUAGGUGGCAAGUACCUCCAGACACACAAGACCAGCUCACUGGUUGCAUGCUUUGGUUCCUUGUUUGGAAAUAAAAAAUCCAUGUCUCUGAGGGAGGCUUCUCACCAACACAAACAGUUUAAAAUCUCUGGCUUCAUUAGCAGAGAGGGGCACAGAAACAAGGACCUGCAGUUUCUCUACAUCAAUAGCAGGCUGAUCCUGAGGACUAAAGUGCACAAGUUUCUAAACCUUCUGUUGUCCAAGUCAACAGUGGUAAACAGACGGGCAGGCCAGUGGGAACCACGGACACCUACAGUCAGAGAUAGCAGUGCUGCUGAUGCCUCAAGUCCAGGGAAGCAAAGAGAUUAUUAUGGGAUGUUUGUACUGAACAUCUCCUGCCCAUUGUCGGAGUAUGACAUAUCGCUGGACCCUUCCAAGACUCUUGUUGAAUUCAAGGAGUGGGAGACACUGCUGACCUGUGUGCAAGACAUGGUGCAGAAGUUUUUGAAGCAGGAAAACCUGACCAUGAGUCUAGACCCAAAUGUAGGAGAACACAUGAGUAGUCUGCUGCAAGAUGAGAAAAUCACCAUCAGUAAAUCCAGCCCAGGUAGGGCAGGAACAGCAGGUGUGGACCUACAGACAGUGACAAAUAACAGUGGUGUGGACUACGGAGAAGGCAUCAGCACUCUCAACAGUAAUGCCAUACUCCACUCUAAGACUGUCAAUCGAUUAUCACAUACAAAACUUGCCAACAGCGGUGACACAGAAGGGCAAGGACAUGCAGAUAAUGCUAGGUCUGAGCCUGAGGAUGGCACAUGUAAGGCAUCAGCAGAGGAAUCUCAUCAUUUGUGCACAUCAGUUUACAUGGAUGACAUAUGUCAAGAAGAUAAGUAUCAAAUGCCAAGAGAAGACAAGGCAGUACCUGUCCACAUUGACCUUGAAUCACAUGCAAGUCACACCAGUGCCAAAGCAGAAAGCAAGGGAGCAGAACUUACAUCUGAAGAACAAAGUGGUAUGGAUGACACUAUGGAUGACACAUUUGACUAUGGUCCCGCGGUCUCUCAAGGCUACGGCAAUGAACAGUUGUUUACCACAAACAGCCUGAAUGACUCUUUCCUUAAGGAAAAUGACAUACAGUCACUUGUAGUGAGUUCUGAUGUGGAAUCAUCGACAGUUACUUCUGCACCUGUUCCAGACUUGUCUAGCCAUCAGUGUCAAACAUUAGCAGACAGCAAUGAAUCAAAGUUGGGACAUGCUGAUGACAGACUAGAGGAAGAGAAUGUUCACUGUAACUCAAAUGAAGUCAGUAAUUCACCACCAAAACAACUUUUUACAUCUAUCAAAGUAACCCGUUCCCCUCCAGAUUUCAAGGAAACCAGAACUGUUUCCAGUGAACUUAAUGACUCAGGUGUAGAGCUGUAUGAUGAUGGUAGAGCAACAGAGAAGUCUUGUUUGACAAAAUUUUCCAAGGCUUCCAAAAGUUCAAAGAUCACCUUGAGUGGAAAGAAACAACUGUCCUUAUCAUCUAAGCUGUCAAAGAUGGCUAAUAUCUCCACUGAUGAUGGUGAAAAGCAUGUUGUUAGACCAUCUUCUAUUGAUGUGAGAAACAAUACUUUACCGGAAGACCUACCUCAGGUAGAUGCCAGACCCCAACAAAAGCAUCAUGUAAGACUUGAGGACAAGGCUAAGGACAGUACAAAUGAGUACACCAGGAUUGGAAAGAAUGAUGAAAGUUGUGGUCUAAUUGCCUUAGAUAGAGUGCAAUCAACAAGUUCCCUUGGGUUGUUCAAAACUUCACAAGCAGAGCUGGUUAGAACAGAGCUAUACCCAAGAGACAGUGGUAAGUCCUUCAGAAGUAGUACAUCAAAAGGCAAAUGUAAAGAUGCAAGGAGAAGUCCAGUGUCAAUGAUGAAAGAUGAGAGUCCGUGUCACUCUAGCAGUAGUGCUGUUACAUCAACCCCAAGAAGGGCAUGCCUUGGCACUGCCAGUCCCAGCAUGUGCCUCAACAAAAGUAGCUGUAAGUUUACCCCUGCAAUCUCCCUGAAAAGGUCCUACUCAGAAUUAUCCUUGCAGAAGCUUUCCAAGAGGGUGAGACUGUACAGUGGUGAUGCUACUCUUCAAAAGCAUUUUUCAGCAAGGCACCAGAGCAAAGAGCAAAAUCUCUCAUCGGACAUUCAGAGAGAUGUAACAAAAAAGGAAGGCAAAACUGAGCAAAAGCCCAAACAAUCAAUUUUCAAGACACCACACGGGAAAAAUGUGACAAUUGACAAUGUGAAUGAUCCCAGGGUUCAUAAACAGAUCACCACUGAAUCUGCUGUGAACAAUGAAAGUAGUGAAAAAAGGACGAGGAACCUUACAAAUAACUACAUACACAUAUCAGGAGACAAGUGCUCAGUACCCUAUAGGGUUGAUAACCAAGCAAAGAUGAAGAGAAAAUUUGUGACAUUUGAGAAUUUGUUGCAAACACCAAGUAAAAUUCUGCUUCAGAAAGCACACCAGUCUGAUGCUGCAAAAGCACAAGAGGGUUCUAAAGCUGGAUCUGCAUUGCUUCUCUUUGCUGGACAAACAGAACAGAGAAAGGUCCAAUGUCCCACUAGUCGUACAGAAAGUGCACAUAUAUCACCAAUGGAAUGGCAAGGGAUCAAUGAAGUAACCUAUGAGUCCCAUGGCUGGAGGCAUGAAGUACCAAAUCAAGUUGAAGACACAGAUUCCUCCAUGCUGUAUUAUCCUGAUAUAAGUGUAGAUGUGAAAGAGAAGCUGAAAACUGCUACCAAAGAUCUUGCAUAUGAAACUUCAGAUUUGAUACAUGCUGCUUCAGAACAGGGAAUGGAGAACAGUCUUGCUAGGACUGUUUCUUCCCAUGACAAAGAUUUAGCGCUUCAGUCGAGAUCCCCAUCCUCAGAUGAAACAGACAAAUUUGUCUUCUCUCCAAAGUCCACAUUCAAGAAUGUCAGUAUGGCAGCUAUCAUUCCCAGCAAAACAUUUCAGGAAGAUGCUGAAGAUACUAGGGAACUCCUGUGUGCCAGUAGCAACUUCCAUGAGAUUGACAGCCAGCCCAUAAAUCCAGCUAGGUUCUUGGGAGAAAUGAGAGAACUCUGCCGUUUUAGCAGCACUAGUGAAGAGACUGUUAGAAAUGAAUGCCAUACUAGGAGUAACUUUCAAAAAUAUGAACAUGAAUCUACUGUCCAUCAAGGAAGUACAGAAUCCCUUCACUCUGUCUGCAACCAGCAGGAGGUCAACAGAGAAGACUGUGGAGAGAUGGAACUGGAUAGUACUGGCUUGUGUGCAGCUGAGAAGGUCAGGAACUGUGAACUCAUUGGAAAGCUUAAAGACACUCAUGGCAACAACAGUGCAAACUGGGAACAGGGACUUGAACAGAUUGUUCCGGGGAGUCAUGAGUCCAUCGACUUGACGUGCCAGCCAGCUGAGCAUGGUUCUGAGGAUGUACCAAACGAAUAUACUGGAAAUAGCUUACACAACAGGGAGUUGUGUGAAGACAGCCAAUGUGCCCAGAUAAGUAGGACUCCAAAACCAGUAAUACCAACAAGGGCUGUAACAUCAAGACAGCUGAGCACAUCAUCCCCUAAUGUCAUCACAGCUACAUCACCUGCUGGAUGCCACAGUAAAGCAGACAUGGUCAGACAUGACAGCAUGGAGGACUGUAGGUCGGAUGGAUUGGAAAACAUGGCUGACAUGAAAGCUAAAACUGGUGCUGUAGAAAAAGACUGUACUGUACAGGAAAAAGAGAGAAGCUGUGAGAUGUCUGUUGGAAGUGGCCAAAAAGUGGUUGAAUCGCAUGAAGCACAGGAAGAGCUAUGCAAAAUAAAAGUAACAGACAGAGAGUUGACAAACACAACUAAGCAAUGUAGUCUUGAACAUCGUCGCUCAGCAUUGAGUGAUGGCUUUAGGAAGGUCAAUGCUGUGUGGGCACGACAGUUUGACCAGACAUGUGGGGUGGAGGUAUAUGUGAACCUGAUGACUGGACACACCCAGCUGGACUGCCCAGAGGAUGACAGAGUGGACGUAGGAACCAGCAGCAGUGUGAAUGUAUCCAUGUCAGCUGGAGGAGAGAAGAAAUGGAAAGGCACUGUACACCCAUUCUUGACCCACAAUGCCACCCCAUUCCUGCCUCGUGCCAAGAGACCCUGUCAUGAUACAGACAAGCUCUCUACUUCCAGUACCCAGCAUGCUCUGGGCCAGAUGUUGGCUGCUCAUCAGGAAGAGCAGGAGGAGAGGUCAGGGGUCAAGUGGAGGGACAGAGUGCCAAAUGAAGCAGAUGAGAGUGAUAAUGAGGAGAGUGUAGCCCAGCUGUGGGACAGUUGGGAGAACCCAGUCUUCUCCAGGACAGAGAAGAGCAUCCUGAAUGUAGCUGCAGGGACAGGAGGCACAGCCAGAGUCCGCACAGUCAUCCAGCCAUACAGGUUCAGCAGGGAGAUGCUCGACAGUAUUCAGAUUAUUGGCCAGGUGGAUAAUAAGUUCAUUGCCUGCAUGAUGAAGAACAGUUCCCACAACUUCACAAUCACCUCGGCUCCAAACCUGUUGGUACUGAUUGACCAGCAUGCAGCUCAUGAGAGGGUUCGACUGGAGAAGCUUCAUGAAGACCUGUAUGAAGUUGACCCUGGUAGCCCACACCAGCACCUGAAGUCCUCCCAUGUCAUCCCCCCUCUGGAGGUCCCCCUUCCUGCAGAGGAGCUCCGUCUCCUUCAGGCCUACAAGCCAGCCUUUCAGAGGCUUGGCCUGAACUUCAGCACUGAUGACAACAAGAUGAACACGGCCAUAGUGAGUAGCCUGCCAUGCUGUGUUGUGGAGAGGGAGUACAAUGAAAGGAAGAGAGGCAGACUUGCAGUAGCUGUGGAGCUGGUGGAGAGCCUGAUAAAGGAGAAACUUGAGUUGUUGAAGACUACAGAUGGUGCAGGUGCCACACUGCCCCAUACCCUCCACAGGAUCCUCAACUCACAGGCCUGCCAUGGUGCAAUAAAGUUUGGUGAUCCCCUGGAGGAGGCUGACUGUGCUGACCUGAUCAGGUGCCUGUCUAGAUGUAACCUGCCCUUCCAGUGUGCCCACGGUCGACCCUCCCUCAUCCCCAUCAUUGAUCUCACUUCCCCAAUACAAAAGGAGGAGCAAUCACAGGAGUACAGCAGACCGAAUCUGGGGAAACUGAAGCACUGUAUAGCUUGUGAAGGGAGUCAAAGUUCUCACCACAAGGCAUUGCAAGAGGAUCACAGUCUGCUACAGGAGAGCUAGGCAGUGGGCAGGUCAUGCCUUUACAAAGCACUGCUGUAAAGUAGUCUAUUAGUGCACUGCACAAGAUGUAUGUUUUCUAAAUUAAGUGACACGUGUAUCAAAGUGUGGGUUACGUAGAGAGACUCUUUAUGCUUUGACAUGUGAUAAUGUCAAGUCACACACACGUAUUCUGUCACAUGUUCAAUACUAGUGAUACAUAAACUGUAUAUAUACAACUAUUGCACAGAGCAGUCCCCAAUGCAAAUUUUAGCCCCCUAGGAAUUACCUAGCAGGCAUUAUUUGCAAUGGCUUUCAGAAAAUGGGGCUCAUAAGAUAGCAAAGCCACCCUGAAAUCUAGGAGGCUAGAUGGCAGUUCUAGAUGAUUUAUGAAUUUAUAAGAUGUGCGGUUUGUACUGUUUAUGACAUAUGUUUUUAUGCAUGCAUAGUUUGCUAGUUUUAACUCCUUUUCUCAACUUUCUGUAAGGUGACCCACUGUCCUGGGUCUGAGUCAUCUGUUUCACAGUCAGUUUCAUGUGAAAGUAAAGAACCGCUCUCCAGUGCAGAGUGGAUUGAAGAUAAUGUCUGGUUUGUAUCAACUGUAUCAGUUUCAUUUAAAAUUGACUGGCUCACCACAUGAAGUAUGUCAAAUUUUCACCGACAUUGCACACAUUACAAUAUCAAUCAUUAAAAUAACAAAGAAUGUAUUGUAUUUUCCUGAUAUUGAUAUUAGCCUAAUAGUAGUGUGUAAUGUAAUGUAACAUUUAUGUUGCAUCACCCAUGCUUCCACAUAGUGACCAUCAAAUCUCUUUUUCAAUGCCAUAUCCUCCUCCCUCCUCCUUCCUAAGCCACAGUACCAUUUCUAUUCAUCAUACAUUAACUUUCCACCUGCUUGACGUAUGUAUUGUAUGAACCAAUUUAUGAUCUUUAAUGCCAACGGGUUCGUGAGUUAUUUCUUAAAGUUUUUUUACUGUACAUUUCUAAUGCUUUGUGUUAGCAAAGUUCAUGUCCAUAAAGAGAAGGCUUCAUUAGCAUUCAGGAAACAAUUCAAGAACUAUAUAUAGUCAGACGUAAUUUUAACAUGACAUCUGUAAACUCCAGUGGGGACCUAUUCUGUUAUUGCUGGUAUCAUUGUAUGCUGUAGCAUGUAGAGACAAUGUCUUUGCACCUGGUAAGGUCUGAGUAUAAACAAUGGUGG